AUGGCAGAUGUAAAUACGAGCAACGGCGCCGAUGCGCUCGAAGAGACCCUUAGCCGGCUAUCCAAGAAGCCCGGUGUGAAGGCGACUAUCGCGCUCGACCGAGCCUCGGGCACGAUCCUCAAGACAGCAGGGCACAUAUCCUCGUUGCGAACAUCCUCCCAGCAGCAGCAAUCAGACUCGCAAUCGUCAACAGCAGCCGCCGCCGCGAGCACGCUUUCCGCGUCAACCUCCGAUGUACCCGCGUCAUCUGGAAGCGCCGUGGCUGCAGGAACGGGCAGCGAGACGCAAGGUGCCGAGGAGCUGGCGUCCAUGGUAUGGGCGUUUGUGAACACGGCCGGCGGGCUGGUGCGUGGCCUGGACACAGAGGAUGAGCUGAAGCUGCUUCGAGUGCGCACCAAGAAGCAGGAGCUUGUCAUUGUCCCCGACGCGAAAUAUCUGCUGAUCGUAAUCCAUGAAACCCCGGCGGCCUGA